AUGGGACCGCAGUUAAACUCAGCAGCGCCCUUACAAAGCCUUCCGCAGUUUAGGACAGCAGAAGCGACGGCUGGAGCUACGAUGAGGGUCGCCGACUUCGUGCCCUGUGACGGGACGCCCAGCCGUCUGCAAAGUGCAAGCUACGUCGGAAAUGACAGGAAGGCAGCAGAGAGAGUGCGAGUGAUAAUAAGAUGCCGACCCCUCAACGAAAAGGAACAGGCUGAAGGCAGCGAAGUUGUGGUCCACGUCGACUCGCCUUCAGCGACCGUCACUUUAUGCAGGACUGAUGGCAAGUCAUGUGGAUCAGAAAAACGAUUCACUUUCGAUGCGGCCUACUCCUGGAACGCUGAACAAAAACAUAUCUAUGAUGAAACUGCUGUCGGCAUUGUGGAGAGCGUCAUGGAAGGGUAUAAUGGAACUAUUUUUGCGUAUGGCCAGACGGGCACCGGGAAGACCCACACUAUGAUGGGCACUGAGUCCUGCCACGUCAACAAGGGCAUCAUUCCUCGGGCGUUUGAGCACAUCUUCAGCAGAGUUGCAUGUUCGACGAGAACGCGGUAUCUGGUCCAAGCGUCUUUUCUGGAAAUCUACAACGAGGAGAUUCGAGACCUCCUCGCAAAGAACCCCACUGGCCGCCUGGAGCUAAAAGACCAUCCACGAAGCGGCGUGUAUGUCAAAGACCUCUCGAGUUUUGUGGUGAAGGGCGUCGAGGAACUGCAAGCAGCCAUGCUUGCAGGACAGAAAAACAGGAAGGUCGGGGCAACAUUGAUGAACGUCGUUUCGAGCAGAUCUCACACGAUCUUCACCGUGACGAUUGAGUCGUGCGAAAGCGUCGAUGGGGAAGACAGUCAAAUUCGCGUUGGAAAGCUCAAUCUCGUCGACCUAGCUGGAUCCGAAAGACACGCGAAGACGGGGGCGACUGGGGGCACCUUCAAGGAGGCGGCGAAGAUAAAUUUGUCUCUGAGUGCGCUGGGAAAUGUGAUUUCUGCUCUCGUGGAGUCCCGAACGAAUUUCAUUCCUUAUCGGGACUCGAAACUGACGAGGCUUCUUCAGGACUCCCUAGGAGGCAACACAAAGACAGCAAUGAUUGCCACCAUUGGCCCUGCGGACAGCAACUACGAGGAAACCUUGAGCACCCUCCGGUACGCCCAUCGAGCCAAGAACAUUCGAAACAAACCGCGAAUCAACAGCGACCCGAAAGACGCGGUGAUCCGAGCUUUCCAAGAAGAAAUUGCUAAGCUGAAAGCCGAGCUGGCCUAUGCUGCAACACUGCCCCGUGAAAUUGAGAGAGUCGUUGAAGUCGAGAAGAAGGUCCUGGUAGAAGUGGAGAAGAAAGUUGUCGUUCCUGUCGAGAAGGAAGUUCUCGUCGAGAGGGUCGUCGAAAAAGUCGUCCCUGGCCCUCCAGCAGAGGAAGAAUUGCGUCGCCUCGAACGAGCAGUUCAAGAAGAAAAACGGCUCAUGUAUGAAGACUUUGAGCGAGAGAAAAAGCAAAUCGAAGAGGCGCGGCACAUCGCUGAGGAAGAGAAGGCCUCCUUGAUGGAAGAACUGGAGGCCCGCAAGAAGGAGCAAGAGGCUCAGAGAGAGCAUCAAGAGGAAUUGAUCGCGAGACUCAAGGCAAUGGAGGGAAAGAUCAUUGAAGGAAGUCAAGUGAAGCAGCAGGCCGCCAAACAGGAGCAAGAGCUCCGAAGGACGCAGCUCGAGUUGGAGAAACAGAGACAGAAAGAGCUGCAGAUGAAGCAGGAUCUUGAGAAGCACCAGCUGGAGCGUCUCACUUUGGAGGAGAAGUUCAACUCUCGCGAAGAACAAAUCGGCUGUUUGACGGAGAAGCUAGAGAAACUGUGGAGAAGUUUCAAGACGGCGAUGGCAGAAAUCGAGGAUCUGCAGCACGAGUUCCAAGCAGAGCGAGAAGAUCUGCUGGACACCAUACGUCAGCUGACGAGAGAGUUGAAACGCCAGGGUGCAAUAAUCGAUCAUUUCCUUCCCAAGGACGCUGUCGCUACGAUCGACGAGCAUUUGCACUGGGACGAGAACCUUGAGGAAUGGGUCCUCGCAAAAGCCGAGCUGACAGGAAACGUUCUUUACGCAACAGAAGCUCUGCGAGAGGCUCACAUCUGUUCCAGCUGCGCCGAGGAAAUGUCGACGCCUAGACAGAGGUUCUCUACCGGAUCAGCAAAGAUUGCGAGGACUCGAAGAACGCCUUCGUUUGCGACAUCUCUCGACAUACCUCAGACUUAUCUGCUGUCUUCGGUUGACAGAGACUUUGAUGCUGUAGACUCUGAACGAAUAAAGUCCGCCAUUUGUACAGUGCUGGGGGCCGACAGCAGCACAGAUCAAGCCCAAGCUGCAAGGAGAGAGAACAUCCACCUCGAGUAUCCCUCCGAAGCAAACGCGUUCCACGGACAUUCUGUAAGUUCCUGCGGGCGGAAGAUUUGUACACAGACAACUUGUGCUUUUAGAAGAUACCUGGAAUUAUUUUGA